AUGUCGAACCUCUCCGUGCAGUUGACUGCCCCGAACGGGCGCUCCUACACCCAGCCCAUUGGCCUGUUCAUCAACAAUGAAUUUGUGGCUUCGAAGUCCGGCGAGAAGAUCGCUUCGAUCAACCCCUCGACCGAAACCGAAAUCGCCUCGGUGCACGCUGCCGGCGAGGAGGAUGUCGAUAUUGCGGUGCAGGCGGCUCGCAAGGCCCUCAAGGACCCUUCCUGGAAGCUCCUGCCCGCGACAGACCGCGGUCAAUUGAUGUUGAAGCUCGCCGACCUGGUUGAGCAGCACAAGGAGACCCUCGCCACCAUUGAGACUUGGGAUAACGGCAAGCCUUACCAGGUCUCGUUGAACGACGAUCUCGGUGAGGUCACCAACACCCUCCGAUACUAUGCCGGCUGGGCCGAUAAGGUCACCGGCCAGACCAUUGGCACAACUCCGCAGAAGUUCGCCUAUACCCUGCGCCAGCCCAUUGGUGUGGUUGGCCAGAUUAUUCCCUGGAACUUCCCCCUGGCUAUGGCCGCCUGGAAACUCGGCCCUGCGCUGGCGUGCGGCAACACCAUUGUCAUGAAGGCUGCCGAGCAGACUCCGCUGAGCAUCCUCUACCUUGCCACCCUGAUCAAGGAGGCCGGCUUCCCUCCUGGUGUGAUCAACAUUAUCAACGGCCAUGGUCGCGUGGCUGGUGCCGCGCUGGUGCAGCAUCCCCUUGUCGACAAGGUGGCUUUCACCGGAUCGACCCUCACCGGUCGUGAGAUCAUGAAGAUGGCCGCAGGCAGCCUGAAGAACGUGACUCUCGAGACUGGCGGUAAGUCGCCGCUGUUGGUGUUCGAGGAUGCCGACCUUGAGCAGGCCGCCAAAUGGGCCCACAUCGGCAUCAUGUACAACCAGGGUCAAGUGUGCACCUCCACCUCGCGCAUUCUGGUGCACGACUCCGUGUACGAUAAGUUCGUGUCUCUGUUCAAGGAGGUUGUGGCCAGCACCAGCAAGGUCGGCGAUCCGUUCCACGACGAUACCUUCCAGGGCCCGCAGGUUACCAAGGCGCAGUAUGACCGGGUUCUGUCGUACAUCGAGGCUGGCAAGUCCGAGGGCGCGACCCUGGCCGCUGGUGGCGAGCCGUACAAGAACGUCGGGGAUGGCAAGGGCUUCUUCAUCGCCCCGACUAUUUUCACCAAUGUCAAGGACAACAUGCGGAUCUACCGCGAGGAGGUUUUCGGCCCCUUCGUCGUGAUCGCCAGCUUUACCACCGAGGAUGAAGCCGUCACCCGUGCCAACGACACCACCUACGGUCUGGGCGCUGCCCUGUUCACCCGUGAUAUCGAGCGCGCGCACCGGGUUGCGUCGGAAAUCGAGGCCGGAAUGGUCUGGAUUAACAGCAGCAACGACAGUGACUUCCGUGUGCCAUUUGGUGGCGUCAAGCAGAGCGGUAUUGGCCGCGAGCUGGGCGAGGCUGGUCUCGAGGCGUACUCGCAGGUCAAGGCCGUCCACGUCAACAUGGGCAGCCGUCUGUAA